UUCUUAAGCAGCCCAGCAGAGAAGACGGAAACGCGGGUACAUAACAGGAAGAUGAAAACAAAAAGCUUCGGAAAGCAUCACAUUGGACAUGGAAACUGGAGGUGGGGCAGAGGCCGGCCACCGAGAUGUCGAAUCCUCCCCUCCGCCUAGAGCGGCCGCGCGGACCCUCCCGGCCUGAGAAGGCACCGAGACCCUCGCUUCCGGUCAGAGGUUUCUGUCUCGCGGGGGACGUCUCUGCAGUGCCGGGUUCCUACCUGUUAUACCACAGGAAGGCCAGGAAAACUGACAAUGAAGGCUGAAUGCCUGUCAGCCAGGCCACAGGCAUUAAUAAUAUUUGAGGAUGUGGCUGUUUACCUCACCCGAGGUGAGUGGAACUGUCUGGAGCCUGCUCAGAAGAGCCUCUACAGGGAUGUGAUGCUGGAGAAUUAUGAGAACCUGGUCUCAUUGGGAUUUCCAUUAUCUAAACCUGAUGUGAUCUGCCAGCUGGAGCGAGGGGAAGAGCCAUGGGUUGUGCACACACAGGAGAAAGUGACCUUGAAAGGAAAUUGUUCAGAUCUUGAGACCAGGCCUGAGAAUGAGAGGUUGUCUAAAAAGCAGAAAAUUCCUCAGCAGAUGGAAUUACAAGCAGCUGCUUUGGAAGAUUUGCAGGACAUCUUCCCCAGAAAUCAAAGGAAAAUCAGAAAUAUCUAACAGAAGGACUGAGAAAACUUUUUUCGCAAAAGAGGGGUUUCAAGCCAGUGUCAAUGAUCCACCAGAAGUUCCCCACAAGGGAGAGACAUCAAGAAUGUAUUGAAUUUCAAAAAAGCUUCAGAAAGGAGUCAAACCCUGUUGGACAUCAAAGAAUUCCUUCUGGAAGGAAGACUCAGCCAUGUGAUAAAAUGAGCCAAAGCCUCAGAGAGGAUUCAGACCAAAUGAAGGGCCAAGUGGAAAAGAAAUUUUGUAAACGUAAUGCGUAUCAGAAAAGUUUCAGGCAAAGCUCAACCCAAUCUGGACAUCAUCAAAUU